UUCUUCCUGUGUUUCCUAGGUUGUCACAAAGGUCGCAGGUUGGGAUACAAGUGUUACCUGGUCUACAACAACUUUGAGGAUUACGCCGGAGCAUCCAGGAAGUGUCUGGAACGCGGCGGCCGUAUGGCGAUGCCCCGGGACCGCAAGGAACAGGAGGCGUUGGCCGACUACGUCAAGUCCUUCUUCCACCCGGGGAACUGGCCCGUGUGGCUGGGCGUCAACGACCUGCGCUCCGAGGGUCUGUACCUGUUCGACGACGGCACGCAGGUCUCCUACUUCCAGUGGCGCAGGCACUUCCUCUCCAGUCAGCCUGACGGAGGGAAGCGGGAGAACUGCGUGGCCAUGUCGUCAGACGACGGGGACUGGUGGGACCACUACUGCGACCGGAACAUGAACUACGUCUGCGAGUUCGACGACAGGGUGUCACUUUGAAAACUGACUUCUUUAC